AUUUUACUGAAUUCUUUUUCUCAUAGCAUAUCUUAGUCUGGUGCACGCUCGCAGUAAUUUGUUCAAGUAUUUCAACUCAGAGCCAUCACCAUGGCUAAGCCGUCGAAAAUACCUAGAAUUGCUCACAAAGACCUCGUUAGUGGAAAUUUGUAUUUUACGAAAGUACCGCUGGAAGUCGACAAGUUGGCGGAAAAGUUCAAUGCGGAUGCCUUCAGCUUUAGCGAUAUUGUGCAAAUUAUUCAACCACGCCUAUCUCUGCACUUCAGCUUUAUGAUAGAUCUUGAGUGGUUGUUACGGCAAUAUCCUGCAUCAUGCAGAGACUCCUCGAUAAUGUGCAUUGUUGGAGAUCAAAUGGGAACGGAUAGAGAAGAGCUUGAAAAGAGUGUGAGUGUCAACAAGCGAAGCAACGUUUCUGUAUUUGGAGCUAAACUUCCGAUACCAUAUGGCACCCAUCAUACAAAGCUGUCACUUUUUGAAUCUGAGACUGGUUUGCACAUCAUCGUUUCGACUGCCAAUCUUACGGAAGCUGACUGGGGCGAGAAGACGCAGUGCUUUUACUAUGCUAUAGGGCUCUCUGGUAACAGUGCAACAACUGAAAGUGAUUUUGUGGAAGAUCUAUGUAGCUAUUUACUGGAAUAUCACCUCAAAGAACUGGAUUACUGGAUAGACCGCAUAAAAAGCUGCGACUUCAGCGCGAAUACUGACCGUUUAGUCUUCUCUGUUCCUGGUUACCAUCAUUCUACUCGAAUGAGCAAGUUUGGCCAUCCAUCUCUCGCACGACUUCUCAAGGAACGACCUGCACCGAAAAAAGAUGCACGUCGACUCUUUAUCCUUCAGUGUAGUUCUAUAGGCGUAUUGGGUGACAACGGCAAAGUUUGGCUCCUUGAUCAGUUCCUAAGUUCUCUGCAGGGUGGCAAAAGCCAAGAUCUGGACCUCUCAAAAAUUCUUCUUAUAUUUCCAAGCGUAGAAGAUGUACGGAAUUCUUCAGAGGGCUAUCGUGCUGGAGAUUACAUUCCUUAUCCGGAGUUGACUGCCUUGGGACAAACAUGGCUGGAUGAUGUGAUGUGCAAGUGGAAGAGCGACAGCAGUGGCAGGAGUAAGGCAAUGCCUCAUGUGAAGACUUAUACGGAAUUAUUGGAUGAUAUACCACAAUGGCUCCUCGUGACCAGCGCAAACCUCUCCCGAGCUGCAUGGGGCGAGUAUCAGAAGAAAAACAGCAGCCAGUUUAUGGUCCGCUCCUAUGAACUUGGCGUUCUGAUAACGGAUCCACAUCGAAUUAAAUUUCCUUACGAUUAUCCUCUCACGAGAUAUGGUCCUAGUGAUAGCCCAUGGGUGUGUGAUGUUUCAUACACAGAAGCCGAUAGUCAUGGAGAAAAGCGGAUUGUUGAUGAAGAUUAGAGUUCAGAGUUGCCACCACCUGAAAAUUUGACCUCGAUUCUUAUUCUCAUGUAUCGCGUUUCUAAUGUUUCUAUACAUCAUUUUUGUUGUUGAUCCAUUUUUCGCAAUAAUACUCUCACGUACAGAUAAUAUCUUGCAGUCCGACUGUACUUAGCCGGGUAGGGAU